GAUGCCGCGUCCAUGUGACAAAAGUUAUGGCAACAAGUGCACCUUUAUCACCCAUUUGCAAACAAUAUUCACAUAAAUGCCAAUCAACAAGUCAGUGAUUUUUAAACCACACCCGGCUUUUAAAAAUAAUUCAAAACCUCAGCAGUUUGUCUACUCUUCUACACAAACAUAAACACGUAAUAAAUGAAUACAUCAAAAGAUAAUCAAGUCCAGGAUCCAGAUUAUGCUAUCGCAGGACCAAGUAAUCAGCAAAAAAUAUAUGAAGAGACUGCUCUGAUAAAUAAAACGAAACGCAUAAAUGGAAUAAUAGAACGCGAGUUCGAUAAAUCAAUUGAAGAGAAGGAAAAAGAAAUUUUGCUGAUCAAUGACCGGCUACAUGAGGCGAUCAGGACACUGAGUUUGUUGAGGUAUGCGAUAGUUUCAGAGUUUUACAACCGGAAAGAAUGCCAAGGAGCCAGUGGAAGUGAAUCCAAGCAGUCGAGAAUCCAUCCGGCGAUAAAACAAAACAUUGGAAAGGCUCCGAGGACACUGAGACGUCGAGUGGGGGAUAAUUUGCCAUCUACGAGUGAUUCUGUGGCUGCUGGCUCGGGUGCUGAUGAUUCGAAGCUUCUGGGAAGUGGGUGGGGUGAUAAACCUGGGGUUGAGCAGCAGAAUAAUGGAGUAGGAGCUAAAAAUCAUCAUGACUUGGGUCUAAAUUAUCAAAAUUUGGAAUGUAAUCUUCAGAAACCGGGUCCUAGUCAUCAAAAAAUAAAUUUAAAUCAUCAAGAUUUCAAUCAGAAUCAUCAGGUUCCAGGUUUUAGUCAUAAAAAUCAUCAAGAUUCGGUUCAGAAUCAUCAGGUUUCAAGUGUAAAUCCUAAUAAUCAUCAAGGUAUAGAUCAAAAUCAUCAGUAUCAAGGAGAAUUCAAUUCUAAUCAUCAAAGUCUGGACCAAGAUGAUAAAUUUCUAGGCCUAAAUAAUCGAGAUCUAGGUCUAAAUCAUCAGCAUCAUCAAGAAUCAAGUCUGAAUCAUCAAAUUCCACGUCUAAAUCAUCAACAUUAUCAAGGACCAAGUGAUAGUUAUCAAGUACCGGGUCUUAGUCAUCAGUAUCAUCAAGUUCCAGGUCAGAAUCAUCAAGAACUUGGUCAAAAUCAUCAAAUGCCAGGCCUCAAUUAUCAGCAUCAUCAAAUUCUAGGUUUUAAUCAUCCAGAAAAAAGUAUAAAUUACCAAAAUCUAGGGCUGGUUCACCAAAGUAACCAAGUUCCAGGUUUAAAUCAUCUAGAAUCCAGUAUUAAACACCAGGAUUUAGCUUCAAAUCAUCAAAAUAACCAAGUUCUAGGUCUAAACCAUCAAGCAACGAGUAUUAAACCUCCAGAUCUAGGUCUAAGUUAUAAAAAUCAUCAAGUUCCAGGUGUCAAUAAUAUAAAUCAUCAACUUCCAAUCAAAAAUUCUCUUCUACCAGGUCAAAAUCAUCAGUACCAUCAACCUCCAGUUCACAAUCAUCAAGCAUUAGCCGUUAAUCAUGAGAACCAAACUCUCAAACGUAAAAUUGAUCACGAGCACAACAACAUCCGGUCAAAAAAAUCCCGUCUAUCGCUGGAUUCCAACAUCGAGCUCGAGCCUCAACGUGGUGACGUUUUCAAGAUAAACAAAGUCCUCGUUAUUGGUAACAUCGCAUCUCCCAUCCAUCCCAUGGACCGGCAAGAUGACAAAUACACUCACAAAUGGCAAGUAUACGUCCGCGGUCCCAUUGACGAUUCCAUCGCCGAGUUUGUCUCCAAAGUAGUCUUCCAUCUGCACCCCAGUUUCAAACCCAACGACCUCAUAGAAAUAGACCGGCCGCCUUUUACUCUAGUCCGUCGCGGCUGGGGCCAUUUUCCCAUUCACAUAUCAGUAUUUUUUAAAAACAAAUUCAAUCCUCCCGCGUAUUUUGUCCACAACCUGACUCUAGACCACGUCUCAGAAAAAGUUUACGCGAUAAAAAUUUACCCUCCAAAUUACCAGCCAAUUAAUUACGACUCUCUUGAUAAUUUUAUGAACUCCGAUGAUGAAAAUCCUCACGACUUCGACGAUAUUAAUGUCCAUGAUGAUAUUAAUGUAAUUAAAAAUUCAAAUAAGUCGACAAAUAAAUUAGAUAAAUUCCAAAAAAUAAAUAGCAUUUAUCUAGAGCACAAUUACAUAAAUUUAAAUAAUAUCGGUGAGAAUAAUAAGACAAUACGUCACUCCCCGUGUAAAAUUAAUAUCAAUCGUGAUAUUAAUAACAAACAUACCUAUUCCAAAAAUAUAUAUAAUAAUCACGGACCUCAAAAAAAUGACAAAAUUCAAAAAUCGGUCAAAAAUAUUAACGGCAAAGUUGAUUACAAUGAGAAUAAAAAUAUAUUAAUAACAUCUGGUGCAGUCUAUGAACCCUUGGAAAUAAAAAUACCGGACUUGCAUGAAACGAUGAAGAAUUCUGUAAAGCAAGUUCUGGUUUUUAAUGACAAACAAAUUCCACUGAACUUUAACCACAAAGGAGAGACCAAAAAGUUGAAGGGUAAUAGCAAUGGGGUCAGUAUUUUGAAAAAAAAUAACAUUAAUGGUGAUAUUAAUGGCAAGAAAAACGGGAUUAAUAUCACGAUAGACCCGGCGAAAAGUCUGAUGCUGAAUGUUCACGACAGCGAACCUGCGUUGAAGUUAUCGACGGUGGGUAAUAACAAUUUUAGGGGGAGAGUUAAGGUCACGGAUAGGAAGAGGAAGAAUAUUAAUGGCCAUAGUGUGAAAUUAAUAGAGGGUUUAAAAGAGAUAAAGGGAAAUGAUGUGGAGGAAAUUGUUAAAUUUUUAGCAAAGAGGCUGCCGAUAGUGACCCCGGAGGCUGGCGAUAUGGAGUAUAAGAAAAAUUACCCGUAUGUUUGUCAAACGGUGGAGGAAUUUUUGGGAUUUAAUGUCGGGAAGCAGAGAUCUGCGGAGUGGUAUCGUGCAAAAGAGAUCAGGAGUUUGAUGAGGUACAGAGUUAGGGAGGAGGAAAUUUGGACGACGAAGGAAAUUAUGAUGUGGUGUAGAUUCAAUGGGUAUACAGUGAUGAGGUCAAGGGAGGUCUCGAAGAGUCUGGGGAAGGGGGAGAGGGAAGAGGAUGUUAGCAGUUGCACGAAACCGAAGGAACUAGUGGAGUGGAUACAGAGGAUGAAGGAGACGGGGAUGGAGAAGGAGGAGAUCGAGAUUGUGGAUGUUGAGGGGGAGAGUGAGGAUGUAGAGGUGAAGGUUAAGGAGGAGAAGAAAGAUGGUUGUAUUAAGUUGGAGGUUGAGGAAGAUGUCGCUAGGAUGAAUUGCUUUGUUUAUGAAACUGCGAGGCAGGUUGGUGUUAGUAUUGAAGAUGAGGAAAUUGAAGAAGGCUUUAGUGACUGCGCUGCUGGACGUGUGGUUGUUAAGGCUGUUGAAUGUUUAUUGGAAGACUUAUUAAGAUCUUCAUUAUCAAAAGCAUGGGAGCGUAAUAAUUACAAGCAUUGUCCAGAUGUAAUUACAGUAAAAGACAUACGUAAAGCAAUAAGUGAACGCGAUGAAUUUGAUAUUUUUACAAACUCUGGACUUGGUACUUCUGCACAAUGAUCAUACAAUUAAUUUAUUGUUUUUUACAUUCUACAUUACACUUAAAUUAACUUAAUUUAAUUUAAUUUAAUUAUUUAAUUGACUGACUUAAGUAAUUUAUUCAUAUAAUUAAGUUCCAUUUCAAACUCCAAGUCUGCAAAACUUCAACUUCUUCUUGUAUAUUAUAAAGCUACAAUUUUUUUUUUAUCUAAGAAAAAAAAGUAAUUAUAAGUAAUAAUAAAUUAUACAAAAAAUUUUGUAUUUUAUAUAAAUUAAAAAAGUUUUUAAUCUGUAUUACGC